UCGAAAUUUUAUAUUUGGGUCCUUCUUCAAGCCUUUCUUUUUUCCAAGUUGGCUGAGACUGCUCGGCUAUCAAGUUGCCCACGAGAUGAGCAAUGCACCAGACUGGUCAGCUGCUCCCCGCUGAUGCAGGUCCUGAAGCCCAGGGACAUGACUCAGCCGGAGAAGGAUGUGUUUGCCCACAGGCAGUGUGGCUUGGACCCCCCUGGACGCGAGUUGGUGUAUAGGGUCUACGUUUGCUGUCCAGAGCUGGGUGACGUCCUGCCCGGCAACCAGACCUGCGGGCAAACGCCGCCAGUGUUCCGAACUCCGAGUGGCGGACAUGCAGAGCUCAACGAGUACCCGUGGCUGGCACUCUUGGUGUAUGGGAAUCGGCUAUCCUUGACCCGCUAUGUGCUGACCGCUGCCCACUGCGUGACCGGUGACUACUUGACCCACAAUGACCUGGUGCUGAAGAGUGUGCGCCUGGGCGAGCACAAUACGUCCACGAACCCCGACUGCAUCACGUUGGAUAGCGGAUAUCACCAGUGCGCUCCGCCACAUCGGCAAGUAAAUGUGGAGCAAGUUACAGUGCAUCCGGGUUUCUUUUCGAUUGGCACAGCCUUCAUCAACGACAUCGCGCUCCUCCGUCUGCAGUUUCCAGUUCGGUACACGAAACAGAUCCGACCCAUUUGUCUAGUGGAUGCGGACACCCACUUACAGGGCUUGCGAAUCGCUAGCUGGGGUGCAGGUGAAGCUGAAGGCAGUCAAACGGUGAUCAUGAGCACGAUCAGGGAAAGGAAUCCAUAUGAUUGCCAGAAUAGGUAUCCCCUCUUCCAGGCCGCGUCCCAAAUGUGCGCCGGUGGCCAGCGGGAAAGGGACACCUGUGCGGGCAUCUCCGGCAGUCCGCUAAUGGGCAUCAUGGGACGUGAUUUGGACGAGUUCUUUUUUCUGGCGGGCAUUUCCUCAUAUGGACAGCAGCAUUGCUAUUCUGCUGGUGUUCCAGGUGUCUACACAAAAACUGGCCACUUUUUGAAGUGGAUUAAGGCUAAUUUGGCGCCCUAA